AUGCUACGUCGCCAGGUGCCUUCAUCGGACCUAGAGGCUUUCUUGACUUUUUGCUCCGAGUCUGGCUUGUAUGCAACACCGGAGGAAGUCAAGCUACCGGCCGCUGGAGGACCGCCCGUCCAGGUCAUCGCGGAGCCAAGCGAAGGUCUAGCCUGUACAGCAUCGGCCGAUUGUGAAUAUUGUGUGAAAAGUAUACAGACCAUGCAAAGACACAUUAGGGAAAAGCAUGGCGCCAACCUUUUGAGAGAGGUCCGGCACCGGCCUUGCCUUGUUCAGCGUAUCUUCACUGGGGUAAGAAAUUCAUAUUUCGAGAUUAAAAGGGAAAUCACCCCAGGCGUUGUAUCCGACUUGAGAGCCACCCUCAAGGCUGCGUUCUUGCCUGCGCUCGAUGUCCCGUUGGUCAUCCCAGCUGAUACUGAACGAGAACGAACCCCCCUCGUUCGCUGCAUGGGUUGGGACAAGUUCAUGCCAGACAUCCGUAUGAAUCCAGUCCAAAGAGGGGCAGCGGACCAAAUCAAGAAAAAACAUUCUGCGGAGGAGCACGGAGGUCUUCUCUCCCGUCUCGCUGUCGCCAUCAAAGACCACAUGGCGAAAGCAUCCUCCAUCUUGGAUGGUCACCCUCACAAGCUGGCCCUCUCGAAAAUCCUAUUGCACGGCGAUGCCAUACCCCGAGAACGGGACAAUCACUGGAGGCCCGUGUCAGACGACAACUCAGAAUACCCCAAUUUCAUGAUCCAAUUGAUGCGCAACAUCGUUAGAAUUCACCUCGGAUCUCCAUUGGACUUCUCGUUCGCCCUUUCACCUCGGCAGACCAAGUGUCUCGAGGACCUCUUGACUGUCUUGCGUGACGAUGCUAGCACCCCCCGUAAGAGGAUGAUCGCCUACCAUGGGCUGGCAUGGUCUCUGGUCGAUACCGACCCGGAGCAGUGCGUGACCGAUCGAUGGGCAAACCCUAUUCAGCGAGCCAUCUGGCUGAGGGCUCUGCGUGCGGACGGAAACUUCAGUGAACCCGCCGCCCUUACCCCGGACCUAGCAAAAUUCAAGUACCUCUGCAACUCUACGUCGCUUCUGGAAGCACUCAUGGACAAAGACAAGGAUACAGAUUCCGUGCAUGCUGACGACCACGAGCGCGUGGCCCAAAUUCAUCAUCGUGUGCUACGCCUCGGUCCUCCCACCACUUUCAACUCGAUCUAUGAGAUGCAGCAGUACGCCUCCUCGCUCGCCUUUAACCAAAAGAAGGAACCGAACGUCUAUGUCGAUCCCGAGGUGCAAUCCAUCACCAUCGGCACAGAAACCAUGCGUAUGGACAAGCUUCGGGAGGGCAUCCAGGGACUGCUUAGGGACUUCAAACUGCGAUACACUGCCCUCACGAACUCUAACUUCAUGUUGACUCGCAUGCCGGAUCAUGUCAAGGACGAUCUCGCCAACACCACGCGAGGUUAUUCAUUUCUGUCAGAGGAGCCGUUCCACAAGAAGCGACAUUCUCUUUUCUUCUUCUUGGUGGAGUGCUAUAGCCUCGCCAUUGUCGACAACGCAGGUCGCAUCGCGUGGAACAUCCCUGGAAUCAAGGCGCUGCUUGGACGCACCUUGCGCGUCUGGGAGCCUCUUUACCACUUGCUAUACAUCGCCACUCACAUUUCCUGUCGCGGAACGCAAUUCGUAGAUCACCAGGUGUGCAACGCGGACAGGCAUCGCAACCUCUUCAUGGGAGGCAAUGAAAUGUUCAUCCUAACCGGUUACAGCAAGACGACCGGUAUCACGGAUCGAGACUCCUGCACCCCCGGGUUCGUGCCAAAGGACGUCGCCUUCUGGGUCCUUGAACUGCUUGGAGGGGGUUUGCGGACCGCAGAAGCCAUCUUGGCCGGCGUUGCAUAUGGCAAGGAAGCAGAACAUCUCUACAGAACCUAUCUCUGCGUCGGUGGAGGAGAGAGAAUCACGUCGACGAAGUUUUCAGACAACCUCAAACAGUGGAAUCACGACUAUUUCGACUGUCGAUGGGGGUUGAGAGACUUUCGCCAAGGCGCGAUCACCAUGGGACGCGAGUUCAUCUCCCCCGAAGACUCUUACGACCAAGCUGACAGCAUCCUCGCUGAGUCUGCAGACCACUCCACCGCAGUCGACCACAGCCAUUACGCAGUGGUUCAAGGAGUCGCGCCUCGGCUGUCGAAUAACAGCAUGUGCAAGCACAGAUGGCUGGGAGACCAGUGGCACAGCUUGCUCGGUCUCGGUCCCUUUCCCCCUCCAGAAGCAAUUCGGAUAACCAAAAGGAACGCAGCGAAUGGGACGACCUUUCAGACCAUGUCCGCGCAGCUCAUGAAAACUGUGCAAACGCAUCUCGACUCAUUUUUUGCUACCGAGUUCAAGGAAACUCUGAAGGACUCGAUCUCCGCCGUCCUUCGAGAACAUGAUGAGCUAGGCAUUCAAUCCCGCGGUGCUUUGUCGCAAGGCGUGAGCGGGUAUCUGGACAACAGCAACAUUGCCACUGCUGGGGAGUUCUCACCAGCCGCAAGCGGUUACAUAGAGUGCGGACACAUGCUGUCAAACUCGCCGCUGCCAGCUUCAUCUAUUCAAAGCAUCUCUCGCUCUGGAUCCGUGGAUGACCUCAUGUUUCAAAGCAGCGACAUAUCGCCCCUCGUCGACCGUAAGGGGAAGGGCAGGGCAUAUGAACCCGGCCAGGCUCCCCCAUCCAACGCCAAACCCGGCGCCGACCGUAAGGGGAAGGGUAGGGCAUAUGAGCCCGGCCAGGCUCUCCCAUCCAACGCCAAACCCGGCGUGUCCACGAGGAGAGACGGGCCUGACAGCAUAGACCAGAGGCAGUCCUCCAGCAUAUCCCCUAUCCCAGACCGCAAGGGCAAGAGAAAGGCAUACGACGCCGCCCAACCUCAGUCCGCUGCUGCAUCCCAGUCCAGCGCAGGUCCAGUCGCACCUCUCCUAUACCGAAACCGCCGCAAGCAUGCCUUGGAGCCUGUCAGUGAGACGGAAGGCGAGAAGGUGGAGGAGGUGGAGGGGCCAUCUAGGAGCCUCAAGCGUCUUCGUCGGUAUGAAACCUCUGUUAAAAAGGCGGACAUGGAGGUCAUCAGCCUGUCCAGCGAUGAUGACGGCCCUUCGGUACUAAAGAUGAGCGGCACGAAUGCGAUAGACCCGUCCAGCGGCGACGACCUGAUGGAUUUCAUAGUCCCUGAUAGCAGUCGACCAUCUUCACCCCCGCCCGCCAUUCUGGAGAUCAGAGAACGGAUUCGAGAUGGGAUCAGAUACCUCAGGAAAGAUCCCGCCGCGGCUGAAAAGAGCCAAGCACAGAUGGAUGCUCUAAUCGCGGUCUUGACUGAAACUCGAGACGUCAUGAUCACCAUGAAGACCGGCGGGGGGAAAAGUAUGCUGUGGAUGGUUCCCCCGGCGCUGGAUGACGACGCAAAAUGCAUCGUGGUGUGCCCCUUCGUCGCAUUGCUAGAAGAACAGUACGCCAAAACUGCUGCUACUGGCCUGCGAUGCCACAAUUACUCGCGCUCCAAAGAUGUGCCGGACAACGUUCAGAUACUAUUCAUUCAGGUCGAACACUGUUCAUCUGAGGCGUUCGCUAGUCUCCUGAUGUCACCCCUUGGGAAGAUGUUCAGCAGAGUCUACGUAGAUGAAUUUCACGACGUCAUCGGUUGCCAUCCGAAUCGCAUCGUAAAAUGGAAAGUUCUCGCCAAACAAUUCGGUAGGAUGAAGAUACAGAUCAUCCUCUUGUCUGCCACGAUGCCCCCGCACCUUUUGAACAUCUUUAUCAGACCGUUCGGCAUCAAGGUCAAAGACCUCGCCAAGCUCAGGUCAUCGACAAACCGUCCGGAGAUAGGAAUGCACCUCAUUCCCGUGCAACCCAUCGCAGCACAUGAGUCUUUACGGAAACUGGUUCAUGCUUUGAAAGAACGUCUGCUCGACGAAGAACGCAUGCUCGUAUUCUUCGGCUCGCAAGUCGACACCGAAUCAUUUGCGUCCCAAACCAGGUGCGCCGCCUACCAUAGCAACCUGUGGCAGCCUGGAAAUACCAAGGCAUACAACCUCGACCUGUGGGACCGAGGAGAAUCGAAGGUUAUGGCGUGCACCACCGCUUUCGCGCAGGGCAUCGACAGAUCCAACAUCCGAUACGUGGUGAUCUUCAGGCCGUCGUACGGACUCAUAGUCAACAACCAGAUGAUGGGUCGCGCGGGUCGAGAUGGAGAGGAGUCUCAUGUGUUUUUUGUCACUGAUGCUGAUAGAAUAACGACCUUCCGUGGACUAAAGAUAGGGGUGGGGAAGGAGAACUGCCUGGAAGAAUUGGACGAUGUCGUCCACGGUCAAGAAUGUCGUCGAUACUCCACUACGCUCUGCAUGGAUGGCAUAGAUCUUGCGACGCGUUGCACUGAAGAGCCUCGCGGCGUCCCUUGCGACGUGUGUUCUCCAGACGGCCAGAUGCAACAAUUUGCCAUGGAGGCCAUCGCGUCCCCUUUCACUAUGGCAAAAGAUAGCUCGAAUGGAGGCACCGACGCUGCGGAAGCCACGCCUCUCGCAUUCGUGUCAGCGGCCGCGUACCACCAGACCGUCGCCGCCGAUGUCAGCGAGCCUGACCCCGCCCAACCAAUGUCCCAGGACAGCGAUGCGAUGUACGAAGACUCGUGCCCGCAGAUAACCCCAUCUCAAGCCAGGGUUCUUCAUGCCAUGGAAGUCAUCCAUCAACCUCGCGCCUCGAGAUCGGAGGACGACGACCCCUUCAAGUGCGCAUCGCAACCAUCCGUGCCCACCUCCUCCAGGGUGGAACUGCCACCUCCUUCAUCGCUCCCCAGCGAUUCCCGCAGCUAUGCAUCGAGAGCGGGUCGGGUGAAUCAAGCGUCCUUGAGUCGUCUUGCACGGACCUCGCGCCUCAACAAGUACAUGCAGGUCUUGAAAGACCAUUGCCCUUUUCACUUUGGAAGGAGGGGGAAACUCGUCUUGGAGGCCAACGACAGCGAUUGCCCCGAACUCAAAGCCGUGUCCAUGGAGGAGUACUACGCCUUCAAGAAAGUGUUCUCGUUUUCUCGUUUCACCUAUUGCUUUCAGUGCUGCUUACCCCAGUCGAAGAACUUCAACAACGAGCAGCCGGCGUGCCAUGCCAGUUUCGUGUACAAGAAAGGCGCGACGUGCCCUUUCGCCGGCUUCGUAUUCAAGGCGGUCUACGCCAUGUGGAAACAAGAGAAGUUCAGGGAGCUGCUGAUACGGGACAUCGGCGGAGGAGCGACGCUCUCGACUCUACAGGAGCUCGCAGCUUGGGCAGUCGAAGAAGAUGCCGAAGAAGGGAAAUAUAACAACUGCUUGGAGGCGUUCCUUUGGUUUUGCGGCAACAUGGAGAGAGUCAACCCCAAUUUUUUCCUUUGA